UAUGUUGCUUUGAAGUUAGUGGAAAUACUGACGUGUCAAGUAUCAAAAUUAUUCCUAUACAUUUCUUGAGGAAAGGAAACUUAGCUUUGGUGGAGUCAAAGAUUCUGUUUAGAAGAAGAUGUCCGACUCCGAAGACGAUGCAGCCUUUGCCAGUGCUGAUGAAGGAGAGUCUGAUCCUCCCCUUACCAGCCAACCAAGCCCACUCCCAGAGAAAGUAAAGGCAACAGAGGAGGGGGGUAAGGCUAGCAAAGCAGCAGGGGAUGGAAAGAGUGAAGGCAAGACACUAAACGACAGUGACAAGAAAGAUGACACUAAAAAAAAUAGUGCUCCUAAAGCAAAGGAGAUAGUUAAGGCUGAGGUCCCACCAGUUAAAAAACAGGAAAAAAAAUCUAAGGGAGGAAAGGGAAAAAAGAAAAAAGGAAAGCAAACUAAAACAGAAACAGUGGUUAAAGAUUCAGGAAAAGAUUCUGAAAGUACCUCAGCAAAAUCUGCAGGUGAUUUGGAGUUACCUGAAAAGGAUAAGUCUAUACCUUUAGUGGCUACAGAACUGUCACAAGGAGAGCAGAAGCUGGAGAUUGAAAGCUCAGAAAUAAAGGAAAAAUUAACUUUAUCAGAACCCCCUGUUAGUAAAGCAGUACCACAUGAAAACAAAUCUCCAGAGAUUGAAGGAGGUACCAAUACAAAGAGUGAGAGCCAAAAAGAAAACAGUGUCACAGGGGAGGUAACAACAACUAAUGUGAAGUCAGAGGAACACCAGUCUGCUGGUAAAGAGGAACACCAAUCCACUGGUAAAGAGAGUCAAAAGACUGAGCAGGAAAAACACGAACCUAAGUCUAUUUUGGACAGGUUAACACAGUCAUCAAAGCAAAAGUCUGAAAGUUGGGGUUCAUGGGGAAAUUGGGGAUCAUCUAUAAUGAAUGUUGCAUCUACCUCCGUAUCAACAUUCAGCAACCAGCUGGGUGAAGGAUUUACAACGAUUAUGGAUAGCAUGGAAACAGCAUUAGGAGCGCCACCUGUUGAAGAACUGUUGGAAGAGAAGGGACCAAACUCUCCUCCAGACACAGUGAAAAUGGAAAGACAAGAAAAACAGGAUGAAACACCAACUCCCCUAGAAACUGGAAAAACAAAGAAAGCACCUGCUGUAGAGGAGGAUAAGCCACCAACAGAACCUGCAUCAUCAGCCAGUGCUGCCAGUGGUAAAAGUGGAUGGUGGUCAGGCUGGGGCAUGUCUAAUCUGUCUAACCUCUCCUCAGUGGUUCAUAACACAACAAAUAUGGUUCAGAAGUCAGUCCAGAAUACCAGUAAUAUGGUUCAGAAAUCUAGUAAGACGUUGGUAACUGGGGGACUGGAUGUGUUGGAAACAAUAGGAAAGAAAACAUUUGAGGUGAUAAAAGAUCAUGACCCUGGACUGAGCAAGACACGAGAGUUUUUAUUUGAUAAGCGUGAUAAGCCCAGUCUUUCCCAGAUUUUACGCGAGGCCCAGAAGGAGGAAGAAAAUAAAAUAGAAAAAAAGAAAGAAGAAGAUGAGGCCAGACUUACUAACUUUAAGGCCAUGUUUGAGGAUGAUCAAGGUUAUGCCCACCUGGAAGCCUUGGAGAUGCUCUCCAAUAUGUGUGAGAAGACAGUGCAUUCUUUGUUAGAGGACAUGUCAGAUCGUAAGCUGGACUCCAUCAAAGCUGAGCUGAUCCGCAUCAAACAGGUGUUUGAAAGAAUGCAAGAAGAAAAUGAUGAUGAUGAUGAUAAUGAAGACAAAGAACAUGACUUUGGAAAGUUAGUAGCAGAACAUCUGUCAGAAAUUCAUCUCGGGACCACUCCUGAUAAACUCAAUAAGACACAAGAAAAUAUUCGAGAAACUAUUGGCAAAUAUUUUGCCUCAGAGGACAAAAUAUCAGUCAAGGAAAUUCACCAAGCUGCCAUUCAGGCAUUAGCUGAGUUUACGUCAAAAUCUUUGGAACAGUUCCAUAAGGCUGGUGAGCUCAUAAUCCUACAGCGAGACACCAGCAAACACUGUGAAAGCAGGGCUCAUAGCUUAGAGAGAUUGGCCAAAGUAUUGAGCACGGAAGUUGGUAUUAUAGCUACAAAGUUUUGUCACUGCUUAAAUAAACUAGAUGAGAAUGAAAAUCCAGAUAUCACAUCAGUGGUAACCAACAUAUACUUGGAGGCCUCCAACAGCACAAUGUAUAUACAGGAUGCCCUUCAGCUUCUGUUACCAUGCCUACAACAAUCAGCAAUACAGAGGUCACUGACAUAGCAAAAAAACUGUGAGGGAGAGAGAGGGAGAGAACGUGGGUAGGGGAAGUGACAUUCUAUAGUCAACCAAAAGGCAAGAAACAGGAAGGGGAGGGGCAAUGAAACAAAAGACAUUCUUCAGAAGUUUUCGAAUGGGGAACAGUGGAAAAAGAACAUUCUACAUGUACAUUGGAGCAGUUAUGAUGAAUCAUAUACAUAAAUCCAGAAAUAUUGUCAGGAAAUUGGCAAUAAUCUUUGUGAAUAACACUCAAUUUGCAAGAAAUAUAAUUUGUAAAUAAAGGUAUUAAAUUAU